UCACUUCAAACAUUAUUUUCUAAUAAAAGUUUUCUCGCUAAUAUCAAGAAAAUGCCAAAUAAAUUGAACGAACAAAAUGCGUCACACAAAUUAAACGAAUUUGGUUUUAUGGACUAUAAAAAGCCCUUGUGCAAACAACAAGAUAUGAGGACAUCCACUUAUCUGGGACACAAACCUAUGGACGAUACUAUGCUGGGCAAUAAGAUACAAGCCAAAUUCAAAGAAACGAGACCUUAUGAGGAAGAUCCAGUUUUAGAAAAGCAUAGAACUAGUGAUUAUAAAUCAAAUUAUGUGUGGAAGUUUGGCAGUACCGAUGAAAUUCGCAAUGUUUCUUUGGAUAGAAAGAUUCACUAUAUUAAGCCGUUUUACGAAUGCAAUCUCAAGUUUCUUAAACGUCCGAUGCGUCCAGCUAGCAGUGUAACACAUUCCGAUUAUCUCUGGCAACCAGAAACUCCCAUUUCACCUCCAGUUUAUCCAUACAUGCCUGAAUCUGUAUCGAGUACAAAAAUCUUUAUAGAUCGUAAUAAACCCGGCUUUUCAAAGUAUUUAGAUCCUGCAGCCACUACUACCAAUCUAGAUUAUUGUUAUCGUUCUCCCCAAGAUGUCAUGAACAGUAUUGCGGCCAAAGAUAAUAUAACAUUUUGGAAUUGGAAAGACAUUGAAUAUCGUGAGAAGAAAGUGUUUCGCGUCAAGGAUGCACAAUUAUGUGAUAAAUUGCCGUCGAAAGACUGUACCAAAAGACGCUGUGAAUUUCCUAGCAAAGUCAGAGCUGUGCCCAAUUCAGGUCUUACCACAGAAGUACGAGAAAAUUAUGUGAAACCUAAUGGACGUUCAAUUGUUUAUGAUGAUAGUCAUAUAAGAAAUGAUUUAACUUUUGUGACCAGUGAACCAGUUAUGGGCAAGACGGAAUAUGAUGUAUUGGGUUCUGGAGAAUGUACACAAAAGUAUGUUUAAAACGAAAUAGGGAUAACUUGAACCGAAAUCUAACAAAAUUAUUCAGCCCAAUUAUGAAUAAAAAAUUUCGCUGGAGUUUGUUCCCCGGGAGUUUUUUCCCAUUGAAUUUGAAUAGGAAAAAUGAGAAAAGGGAGAAAACUCCCGGGGAAUUUUUAUUCAUAAUUGGGCUGAUUAUUUAAAUAUAACUUGUUCGAAUUGUUUUAUUGCAAUUUAAUUUUAG